AUGGAUGUCCAUGUUGGACAAUCUAACAAGUCUCAACCAUGCCUGAAGCAUGGAAGACAAAUCGGUUCCAAAGAUAAAAAUCCUUUAACAAGAAAGGGAGCUAAGAAUAAAGAUUGCCCGAGCGAGGAUAUAGAAAAUUUAAAAGAAUCUCCAGACAUAAUAAACACUUCAGCUCUAGAAGAGGCUGAUCAGGAAUAUAUAUCACCAGAUUCUGAUUUAUAUGCGACAUUGAGCCUCGUAUCGGUGGCUGGAGUUGUGGUCAUGGUUAUUGCAUUCUCUCUGGGAUUAGGAGCAAUGCCAUGGAUUAUAAUGUCUGAGAUUCUUCCGAUUAACAUCAAAGACCUAGCUGGAAGUUUUGCAACACUUGCCAAUUGGUUCUUUUCCUGGUUGGUUACAUUAACAACAAAUUUGCUCUUGGAUUGGAGUUCGGGAGAGUGUUGUGAGAUGUAG